AUGGCCGUCAAUUUCCUCUAUGUCUCGGUCGCCUACACGGCGCUGAGCUUGCUUGGGCUGCAAUGGUGGCUGACCUCGUUUCUUGAUCGGAUUAAAUCCGAUGGGAUCCUCUCUGGGGGUGCGCUUGAGGUGGUGCUCAGCUCGCAUGUCACCAUCGCUUUACUGGUGAAUCUCGCUCUCAACGUGUAUUUUCUGAUCGUCAUCGGACUCAAGACGCUAUUCUUUGUCCAGCUGUCUCCAGCAGAGACUCGAAAAGUCUUGGAACGAUUCAUUAAUUAUAUCAUUUACAAGGGAACGUUCCUUCCAUUGGUUGUGCCACCUAAUGGUUAUCAAGUGGCAGUGUGGUCAACGUGGCUGCUUGUACUUUGUUCAUUCAAGAUGUUUCUUACCUUGGCCAAAGAUCGCCUUGAACGGCUGAAUGCUUCGCCAUCUGCUACACCUGCAAAAUAUUUUCGUGUUUUUUCUGCCUUAUUGUUUGUUGUUUCUGCGGAUUUCCUUUGGAUAAGGCUAUGCUUGAUGAUCUACCAAUCGUUUAGUUCUAAAUUGUAUCUGCUCUUGUUCUUUGAGCCUCUUUGCAUUUUGUGUGAGACGCUGCUGUCUGUCAUGGUACAUGGAUUUCAAUUUCUUGAGAUUUGGCAUCGCCAUUAUAUUGAGAGUGGUGGGGAUUGCUCAGGAUCUCAAGCUUCUUAUAAAUCAGGAGCAGGAUCUCUAUCAGAAUGGAAGGGGAUUCUCAUUCGACAUGGUGGGUUUCUUCUGGACAUGAUGACAGUACUAAUGGCUUUGGGACAUUAUCUCAUCAUCUGGUGGCUGCAUGGAAUGGCAUUUCAACUAGUGGAUGCAAUCCUUUUCCUAAAUUUGCGUGCUCUUGUAAGCACUGUUGUAAAGCUGGUCAAAGGAUAUAUCAAGAUGAGGAAGGCCUUGAAUUCUCUUAAUGGAGCACUUCCUGAUGCUACAUAUGAGGAGUUGUGUGCAUAUGAUGAUGAAUGUGCUAUUUGCAAAGGACCGAUGGCCAGAGCCAAAAAACUACAGUGCAAUCAUCUUUUUCAUCUGGGCUGCUUAAGGUCUUGGUUGGAUCAGGGUUUAACUGAUGUAUAUGCAUGUCCCACUUGUCGGAGGCCUCUUUUUCUAUCUAGACCUCAAAACCAUUCAGACUCCCCAGCAAGAGAGGUCGCCAAUGAUGACCAAAUUGCUGUACAAGGUAAUUUGGGAUUUGAUCCCCAAAGAAUUCAGGGGCACGCACAACCAGGUGGGGCAAUCGCUAACCAGCAGCAUAAUCCUGAUACAGUUUGGAGGGGAGCUGGGUUAGACUCUGCUGGUUGGGUGCAUCCUUGGCCAAAUGCUGGAAUUGAUGGUCCUAGCACAUCUAAUGCUAUCAGAUCUGUUGGGCUUACUGGGGUUCAGAUGAUGAUGAGGCAGUUGGCUUCGGUUGGUGAAAAUUUUUCUCAUGGUUCACUUGAAGAUGCAGGAUGGAGCUUCUGGCCAUCACAUCAGGCCUCUGGUUCUUCUAUACCUCCUUCACUCUCCAUCAGAAACAAUAGAAAUGGAUCUGGCUUACGGUUUAGAAACAACUCACCUUCUGUAAAUCCAAACAUGUCAGAGUUACGGACCAUGGUAGAUAGAGUGAGGGAGGUUUUGCCCCAUAUCCAUGAUGAGCUAAUUGUUCAGGAUUUGCUAAGAACCAACAACAUAAACAUUACUGUGAAUAAUCUUCUUCUUGUGCAAUAAUGACUUAAAGGAUGUAAGGGCACUGAGCGGCUAAUCUUGUUCCUCCUGGCUGCAAGGCUGUACAUUAGAAGCAGCAGGUGAGAUAGGUGAGUACGCGUGCGGCGUGCCAAAAGGUCAUAGAUUUGCUGUAAUAAAUUCAUUUUAAUAUCACAAAAAAUGUAUAGAAAGGGAACUUGCCUGCUUGAAGGUUCAUUCUUGCCGGGACGUCUCAUAUAUAUUCUUAAACAGGUUUUCCAUACUAUUAUGUAUUGGAGGGUUUAAUGAUGAUUAAUUCUCACUGUUAUGUCUCAGUUCUAUAAAUCAGUACUCAGCCCUUUUUGCA